ACUCAUUUUAUUCAUAUCAUUUAAAAAAUAAUACGAAUAAAGAAGUAGACAAAGUAUGGGAAAAUAUAAUAAAAAAAUAUCAAUUUAUUUUAGAACCAUUAUUUCUUGCAUGCUCUGAAAAAGAUAUACCAUUAACUCUAACUUCAAGCAAUUAUAGUGAAAAGGCUGGGAGAUCCCUUUCUUCAGCGAAGCAGGAUACUUUGUAUCUAAAUUAUGCUAUAAAACAAUAUCAAGAAGCUCAAUUAUAUCAAAAUUGGUUUGACCCAUUAAAAAUAAACUUUUUACAAAUAAAAGAACCCAAUAAUUAUGCUACUAUUUCAUGUAAAGUAUAUAAUUUAGAAAUACCCCAUGCAUUACUUGAUACAGGUUCAGAUGGGUCACAUAUUUCUAAAAAUAUCACAAACCAUUUUAUAAAAUAUUUUGGGUUAAAAUUAGAUAGAAAAAAGAUUUAUAGACUAACAGGUGCUGUAGGCGAAAAACAAUCUAUUGGAAGCUUUUUUGAUAUACCUGUUACUAUAGGUAUUGAAAAUGAUACCUUAACAAUUUCAGAUGAGUUUUUAGUUUUACCAACAGAAAAAAAUAAUAAUGGUAAUAAUAUAUCAUUAUUUAUUCUUG